AGUCGAACCAAAAAAUAAAGAAACCUCCAGUCAGUUCCCCUCGGUCAAGGCAAACGUCUGAAAGAGAAGAGCUCAAAAACCCUAGCGACGGACCGAGAACAACAUGCAGAUCUUCGUCUUCAACCCAUAGAUCGAGCUCCUUGCAGAAGAUUUUUCGAAUCAACUCAACCAGGUCAGGUUUGAUCUUCCUAUUCAGUGAACACCAUGAUGAAUUUUGCUACAUCCGUGUGUAGAAGAUUGAAACUCAGUGAGCUGGUUACAAAUGUUCCUGUCUACAGCACUGCUAGUGAUAUAUCUGGAGGUGGUUUGAGCUUGAUAUUCAGGCGUUGGGCUACCAAAAAGACAGCAGGAUCCACGAAGAAUGGCCGAGACUCGAAACCAAAGAACCUUGGAGUGAAGAAGUUUGGUGGAGAGAGAGUGAUACCAGGGAACAUUAUUGUCCGUCAAAGGGGAACCCGUUUUCAUCCAGGAGAUUAUGUUGGAAUGGGGAAGGAUCACACCCUAUUUGCUUUGAAAGAAGGGAAUGUCAAGUUUGAAUGGGACAAGCUGAGUGGACGCAAGUGGGUGCACAUUAUCCCCAUGGCUGGGCAUAUUCUUCACCCUGUUUACUCGAAUGCUAAAGCUCCAAAGCUGGAAGCAGCUGGUUAAAGGUUCCUGUUAUCAUCUAUUCUUACUGGGUUUCUGUAACCAUUUUGUAGUCAAUUUUUGAACAUCCUUUUUAGGGGCAAAAUGCUGCGUUGCACUUUUGUUGCCUAACAUGCAGAGUUCAUUUUUAUACUUUAUUUUGCUGGUUACAACUCUGUGCCUGGGUGCUGUGCAAAACUGAUAAUUGCAUCAUUUGCCGAGGCAAUUAAAGUUGGCCAGCUCUCUCCCUCUCCACGUUAGGAAAUUGGCCAUUGUUCCAAAUGCUAUAACUUUU